AUGCCUCCAUCUCGUGAGCUAGCUGAACAGACUUGCACACAGAUAACCAAAUUCAAGAAGUACCUCGAGAACCCGAAAGUGCGAGAAUUGCUCGUGGUGGGCGGAAUCAACGUGAAGGACCAGAUCAACCAGCUCAAUGCUGGAGUGGACAUAGUGGUUGGCACACCAGGCCGUCUCGAGGAUCUCAUUCAAGGAGGAUACCUCGCGCUGACUCACUGCCGUUUCUUCGUGCUCGACGAGGCGGACGGGCUUCUCAAGGCGGGUUACGGAGAACUGAUAGAACGCCUCCAUCGUCAGAUCCCAAAGAUCACCUCGGACGGGCGAAGGCUGCAAAUGGUGGUGUGUUCCGCGACGCUCCACGCCUUUGAAGUUAAGAAGAUGGCGGAGAAACUCAUGCACUUCCCGACUUGGGUGGACUUAAAAGGAGAAGACGCCGUGCCCGAGACAGUGCAUCACGUGGUCGUCAUGGUAGACCCACAAAAGGACCGCUUGUGGGAAACCUUGCGCAAACAUGUGCAAACUGACGGUGUUCACGCAAAAGACAACAUCCGUAGCGGCAACACGACACCCGAGACGCUGUCCGAAGCCAUCAAGUUACUCAAGGGAGAGUACUGCGUCCGUGCCAUCAGGGAACAUAAGAUGGACAGGGCCAUCAUCUUCUGCCGUACCAAGCUAGACUGCGACAACCUCGAGCGAUACUUCAAGACAUUCGGCAAGGAGUUUUCCUGCGUGUGUCUCCACGGCGACCGCAAGCCGGCCGAGCGCAAAGGAAACCUGGAGAUGUUCAAACAGUCUCAGGUCAAGUUCCUGAUCUGUACCGAUGUCGCCGCUAGAGGCAUUGACAUCUCUGGACUGCCCUUCAGUACAGAUGAAACUGAUAAUAGUCUACAAGUUAAAUAUGCAAGGCGGGAAGCUACCAGAGGGGCUAGAGGUAAACCUCUAAAGAAUACUAGAGCAUGGUUAUUAGAAAAGAAAGAGAGACGUAGGAAACAAGGGAAAGAGACCAAACCUGACACAAAAUACACUGGAAGGAAAAGAAGUGGUAGAUUUUAA